AUGUUUUUUGGUAUCCCCCUUUCUACGUUUCUGAAUGUUCUACAUAAUUUAUUUUCAGAAUUUAUACAAGGUAUAUCACAAUUCAGCGUCAAAGGAGACAAAAAUGUUAAACUUAAGUUCGCUUUCCGCAUUUACGAUAUUGAUAGAGAUGGCUUCAUAUCGAAUGGAGAGUUGUUCCAGGUUUUGAAAAUGAUGGUUGGUAAUAAUCUAAAAGAUUCACAACUGCAACAAAUCGUCGACAAAACUAUAUUAUUCCACGAUAAGGAUGGCGACGGGCGAAUAUCUUUUCAGGAGUUCUGUGACGUAGGUUUUUUAAACUGA